CAAACCUGCACUCUCCUCACAUUGGGCAGUGACAGAGAGUAAAACCUAAAGGAGGCAGUUAUUCAGCAUUGUCGCCAACUACUAUAAAACAAAAAAAGAAUAAGAAGAAAAGGACGCCAAUCUGCUGUCAUUUAAAACCAUGUCGUCCCCUACUGACUUGGGCCGGGCGCUCUGUAUCAUCACCGGUGCCUCCAGAGGCUUUGGUCGGACUAUAGCAAGGGAGAUGUCUCGGUUGGUGAAGCCCGGGUCAGCGCUCGUCCUGACGGCCCGCUCCGGUGAUGACCUGCGGGCUUUGCAGACCGAGCUGGCUGAGUCGGAGGCAGGCAAAGCGGGUCUGGUGGUUGAUUGUGUUGUGGCAGAUCUGGGUCAGACUGAGGGACUGGAGAGCAUUGUCAAAGCAUCUAAAGAUGCUUUUUCUGACGAUAUAGAUCACGUUGUACUGGUCAACAAUGGGGCCUCUCUGGGUGACGUGUCCCGCUACGUCAAAAGCUUCACCAACAUGGCCGAGGUGGACUCCUACUUGUCUCUCAAUGUCAGCUCCUCCUUGUGCCUCACCGCCAGCGUCCUGCAGGCUUUUCCACAGCGUGCAGGCCUGCGGCGCACCGUGGUCAACAUCAGCUCUCUUUGUGCCCUGCAACCUUACCGCUCCUGGGUGCUGUACUGCACAGGCAAGGCUGCCCGAGACAUGGUGUUCAGGGUGCUGGCGGAAGAGGAGCCGGACCUUCGUGUGCUAAACUACGCUCCAGGGCCUCUGGACACAGCCAUGCUGACGGAGGCCGUAUCCAGAACAGCAGAUCAAGGCAUCAGGAUGUCUAUUUCAGGCAUGUUCGCUCAGGGCCAGGUGCUCACCUGUGAGGCCUCUUGUGCCAAGCUGAUGAAGCUGCUGCUGGAAGACAACUACACAUCAGGAGCUCACAUCGACAUCUAUGACGUAGACACAGCUUGAGUACGUACAGCUAGAGCUGCAACUAGUGGUUAAUUUAUUAUUAAUCUGUUGAUUAAAGUUGUUGGUUUCUUGAUUAAUCAAAUAGUUGUCCGAACAGAGUGACAAAUGUCAUCAUCAGUGUUUGCCAAAGCCCAAGAUGACAUCCUCAAAUGUUUUGUUUUCUCUAAACAACUCAAGCUCAAACUCAAGGAUAUUCAGUUUCCUUUCACAGAAGAGGUAAGAAACUAGAAUGUAUUCACAAUUGAGAAGCUGGAACCCACAAAAUAGUUGGGGGUUUAUAAUUAUUUAAUAGUUAAUAGUUUAAUUGAGUAAUCUUUGCUGCUCUACAUACAGUCAUUUAGCAUAGCAGUGAAUGUGUGCCUUGAUUUGAAUUAAAACUUUAAUUCAUUUAUACCUUACCUUACCUUAGUCUUAUGACUCAAAUUGUACUGUCAGUCUUAAGGUUGUAGCCUUCUGUUGUUGCAUGACCUAUGAACUGAUGUUCAUUAAAUUUACAUACAAGACAUUCCAGAACAGAAGUUCACUCAUGCUAUGGCCAGUGAAGCUGCAGUCAGUAAAGUCCAUACAAGCAGAGAUUUGAACAAUUAAAAGUCUGAAACUAUCAAAUCAUGCGCAUAGGGGCAAUAAAGUGUGAUGGUACAUGGUGGUGAUUAACAAGAUGGCCC